CGUCUGAUCCCGUGGCAUCUGGCUGUGUCUGCCCGUGGGAGAAUAAAGAGAUAAUGCCGUCGAAGAUAUUUGACUGUACCGACAGCGUUGUCCAAGGAGAGAAUGUGGUCAGCGGCAUGGAGAUAAGCGAAGAGAACAAAGUAAUGAAGAAAAAAGCAAAGGAUGGAAAGAUCAAGAAGAAGAAAACUACCAUAGCAGAAGAAACAGAUGAGUGCACACCUCCAGCUCCCAAAAAGAGAAAAAGUGAAAAAAUGAACACAGCCAUGGGGGACCUGCAAGAGUCCACUGAUGUCAACGGAAAUCUUGAACAGAGACCACUUUUAAUGAAAAACAAAUCUCUUUCUAGUGAAGAGCCCAGCAGUGACUCAUCAAAUGACCAAAUCAGUGAGAAGAAGAAAAAGAAGAAAAAGAUAAAUUCAGGGGACACUAUAGCCAAUGGAGUAACAACAGAAUCUCUUAAGAUCAACGGAGAGAUCAAUGGACAUUCCGCAGAGACACCAGCACAGUCAAGUGAGGACUCAAGUAGUGACAGUGAAAAAGAAUUGACCCCAGAGCAGAAGGCAGGAGCGUUUUCAAAUUUCCGAAUCUCUCAGCAGACCAUCAGAUUACUUCAAGCACGCGGUGUGACAUACUUGUUUGACAUUCAAGUUAAAACCUUCAACGCAGUAUAUGAUGGAAAGGAUGUGGUGGGACAGGCCAGAACAGGCACAGGAAAAACAUUCUCUUUUGCCAUCCCAUUGGUGGAGAAACUGUUGUCUGGGCCAGAAGACAAGAGAAGAGGCAGAGCCCCAAAGGUUCUGGUUCUUGCACCUACCCGUGAGCUUGCCAUUCAGGUAGCUAAAGACUUCAAGGAUAUCACCAAAAAACUCUCUGUUACCUGUUUCUAUGGAGGAAGCUCUUAUAAUCCUCAAGUUGAUGCAAUCCGCAGUGGUAUCGAUGUACUGGUUGGAACCCCGGGUCGCAUUAAAGACCACCUCCAGAACAACAAACUGGACCUGUCUCAGUUAAAACAUGUGGUUCUGGAUGAAGUAGACCAGAUGCUUGACAUGGGCUUUGCUGAACAAGUGGAAGAGAUCCUAGCUACCUCCUACAAAAAAGACUCUGAGAGCAACCCACAGACCCUGCUGUUCUCAGCCACCUGUCCUCCUUGGGUUUAUGCAGUGGCCAAGAAAUACAUGCGGCCGCAGUAUGUACAUGUGGAUCUCAUUGGCAAAAAGACCCAGAAAGCUGCCACUACCGUUGAUCAUCUUGCCAUCGCCUGUCACUGGUCCCAGAGGGCAGCCGUCAUUGGUGAUGUCAUACAAGUGUACAGUGGCAGCCAUAGCCGCACCAUUGUCUUCUGCGAGACCAAGAAAGAAGCCGGCGAGCUGUCGCUGAGUAGCUCUAUCAAACAGAGUGCUCAGUCGUUACACGGAGACAUUCCACAGAAGCAAAGAGAAGUUACUCUGAAAGGAUUCAGGAACGGGACCUUUGAGGUCUUAGUGGCCACAAACGUUGCUGCCCGAGGCUUAGAUAUCCCAGAAGUCGACUUGGUCAUACAGUGUUCACCUCCUAAGGAUGUUGAGUCUUAUAUUCAUAGAGCUGGGCGAACCGGGAGAGCAGGCCGAACUGGCGUAUGCAUCUGUUUCUACCAACGCAAAGAGGAAGACCAGCUCAGAUAUGUGGAGCAGAAAGCUGGAAUCACAUUCAAGCGUGUUGGAGUUCCAACUGCCAAUGAUAUCAUCAAAUCUUCUAGUAAAGACGCUGUCAGGUACUUGGAUUCCGUGCCAGCCGCGGCUAUUGAGUAUUUCCGUGGAGCUGCUGAAAAACUAAUCGAAGAACGCGGUGCAGUGGAAGCCCUGGCAGCAGCUCUAGCUCACAUAUCUGGAGCUACCAGUUUAGAGCAAAGAUCUCUUAUCAACUCUGAUGCCGGCUACACCACCAUGAUACUGAAGUGCUCACAGGAGAUGCACAGCAUCGGUUAUGCCUGGAGGGGUCUUAAGGAGCAGCUCGGCGAGGAGAUUGAUAGUCAGAUUCAACGCAUGACCUUCCUUAAAGGCAAAAAGGGUGUUUGUUUCGAUGUCCCCGUUGAUAAAGUGAAAGGGAUCCAGGAGGUCUGGCAAGAUGGUCGGCGCUGGCAACUGUCCAUGGCCAUGGAGCUCCCAGAGUUGGAAGAGAGCAUGCGUAACCGAGGCGACCGGGCAUCGGGUGGAUUCGGGGGUCGCGGCGGAGGCAGGGGCGGAGGCCGCGGAAGCUUCAGAAACAGCAACGGCAGCUUUAACAACAGGAGAGGACGGGGCGGCCGAGGAGGAGGAGGAGGAGGCGUAAAACGCAGCUUCAGCAGAGCGUUCGAGCGUUAGACAUCGUCACGCACUCUCACUUCUCAGACUGUUCCCAGCCCCACGGCUGGUGUGUGCUGGUUUUUUGUCUUUUUUUUUCUUUUUUUUGGCCUGGCCUUUGGGGAAUCUACACCAGUGGUUCUCAACUCCAGU